CUCGCGCCGCGGCGUCUUGGCCGCGCCCCUGCGUGCUCCGGCUUCGGAUUGUCCUCCCGGGAGACCAUGGCUUCUUUCCGCUUGGCCCUCAUCCAGCUUCAGGUUUCUUCCAUCAAAUCAGAUAAUGUUGCUCGAGCUUGUGGCUUUGUUCGGGAGGCAGCAAAGCAAGGAGCCAAAAUAAUUUCUCUGCCUGAAUGCUUUAAUUCUCCAUAUGGCACAAAAUAUUUUCCUGAAUAUGCAGAGAAAAUUCCUGGUGAAUCCACACAGAAGCUUUCUGAAGUAGCAAAAGAGUGCGGCGUAUAUCUCAUUGGAGGCUCCAUCCCUGAGGAAGAUGCUGGAAAAUUAUAUAACACCUGUCCUGUGUUUGGGCCUGAUGGAAGUUUACUAGUAAAACACAGAAAAAUCCAUCUGUUUGACAUUGAUGUUCCUGGGAAAAUUACAUUUCAAGAAUCCAAAACAUUGAGUCCUGGUGAUAGUUUCUCCACAUUUGAUACCUCUUACUGCAGAGUGGGCCUGGGCAUCUGCUAUGACAUGCGUUUUGCAGAGCUUGCACAAAUCUAUGCACAGAGAGGAUGCCAGCUCUUGGUGUAUCCUGGAGCUUUCAAUCUGACCACUGGACCCGCUCACUGGGAAUUACUUCAGCGAGGCCGUGCUGUUGAUAAUCAGGUAUAUGUGGCCACGGCCUCUCCUGCCCGGGAUGACAAAGCAUCCUACAUUGCCUGGGGACACAGCACCAUUGUGAAUCCUUGGGGUGAAGUCAUAGCCAAAGCUGGCACUGAAGAAAUGGUCCUGUAUUCAGAUAUAGAUCUGAAGAAGCUGGCUGAAAUACGUCAGCAAAUCCCAAUUUUAAGACAAAAGCGACCAGACCUCUAUGCAGUGGAACCAAAAAAGCCCUAAGGAUUAUAUUUCCAACAUGUCAUGAAACAGGAAGAUAUGGAGUAUGAUAAACUCCCUAUUGAAUCCUUU